AUGGCGCUCCGUGGACUGAUCAACUGUGCUCGAAAUCUGCCGCAUGAUGUUAAUAGAGCUGCAAUUUUCCGCAAUGCUUUACAAUCAAGUUGCUUACAGUGUAGAAUUGGAGCGAAAAGGCAUUUGCUGUCAGAAGACGUUGUGAAGCUCCAAGACUUUCAGCAGAGGAAACUCGCUGUUGCUCAUCAGGUAUCCGGAUCAAAAGAUCAUUAUUUUGAUGUCUUGAAACAAAAGAUGGAGAAGAAUGAACUAAUACUGAAAGAUGAGCUGAAGUUGAUUCUUCAUUUAUGUGAGUCUUCUGAGGACAUAGUGACAGCAAGAAGCGCUAUUUACAGGUAUCAUGAGGAGAACAGGAAUGUGGCAUUUGGGGAGUUUAAGUUCGGCCCUCUGUUCAUGAGGCUCUGUUAUGAGCUGGGACUGGAGGAAAUGGCUGCCACCACACUCAAAGACAGGAUGCUGAAAGGGUUUUUCUCUGAUUCCACAUCUUUCAACAUUGCCAUAGACAUGCUAUUUACUAAAGGAUGCUACGAGAGAGCUUUGGAGGUGAUUGCAGAGAUGCGAAACCAAGGUGUUUCUUUCAACAAAGACACAUUCACUCUGGCAUUUGCUACCUGCUACAAACUGAACAAUGCAAAGUCAUAUCACAUCUGCCUGGUGUUGAUGGAGGAGGGCCAGACCAAAGGUCAGCUGAUCCCAAGACAUGCUUACUGCUUUGCUAUUGCUCUUGCUCUCCGACAGAAUGAUGUUGAGAGAGCUCAGACAAUCUACUCCCAGAUCAUGAGCACAGAGAGCAGGUUAUGUCAGAACCUCCGAGUGCUAAUGUUGGCCAGGGGGGACUCUGUGAAGGAAGCUCUCUCCAUCCUGUCCACUGCAGUGGUCUCUAGGACUCCCACAUUUGUGAAAAAACCUGAGUUUUCACAGGAAGUGGUCCAGGUUUUGAGGGAACGGGCAGUGGGUGGACCAUUAGAAGAGCGGGUUGAAAAGGUCGUAAAGCGGCUGCAACAGGCAGGUCAGGUGAUCAGUCAGUCCCUGGAUGACCUCCUUUGUCAAACGCCCUCUGGGAAGAGGAGGCCUCUGGGAAUUCUGAAUGAGAGCACCAACAGAAGGAGGACUCUAAGACCCCUACAGUCAGCACUGCUCUCAGAGUGAAUACGCACACCACUGCAACCGGCACUGUUCUCCAGACAAACGCGCACACACCAGUGCAGGCCAUGCUGCACUGUUGCCAAAAUGAACGUUCACAUACAGAUACACUAACACAGAUACACUGGUCUGCUGUCAAGGAGCAUGUGAUGACAUCCUGAACUCAAAUCAGUCCAUAACUGAACCCGCCUUAGUGUUGGACAGUCUGCUUGCUCCCACCCACUGACCCAUGUUAUCUACCUCCUAUUGGAUGCUAUGCCUUCUUAAGACCUAAUCCCUCCUCUUCCAUCAGUACAGUGUUUCAAAAUAAGAGACCUUCUAAAACCCUACUGUUAUGGCCUAAGAUCUGAGAUGUGAAAGGCCAUUUAGACUGAUGGAAUCAUUUUUCUAAACAAAAGGUCCUCAAUGCUGUUAAUGAAUUUAAGUGUAAUACAGCUGAGAUGUAA